UUGCUGUUUCGCGGAGUAUCGCUGGAGGUUUGUUGCUGCCAUGGAAUCUGCAGACUCGCCCAAGGAGGACGCGCUGUCUGGUCUGCUGCUGAAGCAGCUCGCGGAGCUGCGCGAGCUAAUAGAGUUGCGCUUCGCGCAGCAGAAGGAGUCCCUCCUUUCACUGUCGGAGCGGCGACAGUCGGAGCGGCGACAGUCGGAGCGACGAUUCUCGGAGCGGCGGCUGUCGGAGCGGCGGCUGGAGAGCAUCUGGGAAGGUGAUGCUCCGAAGCCACAAGCAGAAGGGCACCAGGAUCCGGAGGAUCUCCCGGAGAGUGCUUCACGGAGCAGCCUGCGGAUCCAGGUCAUGCCGGAAUUUACGCGCCAGCAGACUGAGGUCACGGAGGAGACACAACUGCCGCCGGCCUUCGGCCGCCGAUCCAGUGAUUUGAGCGGCACCAACUCCACGAUCAGGAAUAACAUGAACAUGCGCAGGAGCGUGGUCAGCACCAAGAGUAUGAGGAACUCUUUCGUCAGAGAGUCAAUCCAGGUGCACAAGCUGAAGGCAAAGCUGCAGAGCAGUUCCCUGAGCUUCCGCCGGGAGAAGGACGCGGGCUUCGACCCGGAGAUGUCGUUGCGGGACGUGGCGGCGGCGAUGGUGGAGAGUUCCGUCUUCAGCCACUUCGUGGCGCUGCUGAUCGUGGCCAACGUGGUGCUGUUGGGCGUGGAGGUGGACUUGACCUCGGCCGUGGGGGUCAACGACGCGCCCCGAUGGUGUGGCCCGCUGAACGGCGCCAUCGUGGGGAUCUUCGUGCUGGAGACGUUGCUGAAGUUCUUCGCCUACGGAUGCCAUGGUUACUGGUGUGGCCCGGAUUCCGCGUGGAACAUCUUUGAUUUUGUCAUUAUUGCGGUGUCGGUGCUGGAGGUGAUCCUGGACGUGGUGGCGCAGAUGCUGAACCCCUCGGUGAACGCGGGCCAGCUGAGGAUGAUGCGCACCGUGCGCUUGGCGCGGGCCUUGCGGGGCAUGCGGGUGGUGCGGCUCUUUCGCUACGUGAGCGCUCUGAGGACGCUGGUCUUGUCCAUCAUCAGCACCAUGGGCUCCUUGUUGUGGACCCUGGCGCUGCUUGUGAUCCUCUUCUACAGCUUCGGAGUGGUUCUGACGCAACUGGUGGUGGACUUCUGUCGCUUCUCUGGCAUUGACGCCGGCGCAGACCCGAAUGCCCCACCCAUUUGCCCGGAGGAGCUUGGCAUGUACUGGUCCAGUGUGUCCGAAAGUAUGUUGACGCUCUUCAUGGCCAUCUCCGGGGGCCUCAGCUGGUCCGAAGCCAUGCGCCCGCUGCGCAAGGUCUCGGGCCUGGCGGUCUUCUUCGUGCUGCUCUAUGUUGUGAUCACGGUCUUCGCCGUCUUAAAUGUUGUGACUGGUGUGUUCUGCAACACCGCAAUAGAGAGCGCUGGCGCGGACAAAGAUGUUGCCACGAUCAAGCAGCUGCAAAGGAGGCGGCAGCAGGUGGACGCGCUGCGGCUGAUCUUCUACGAGAUCGACCGGGCCCAGACCAACGAGGUGACCCUGGAGGACGUGCAGCACGCCAUCUCCACGGAGAAGUUGUCGAGCUUCCUGGAGUCUGUGGGCAUCUCCACGGACGACGUUUGGACGCUGUUCAUGCUUCUGGACUCUGACCAGAGGGGUGUCAUCGACUUGGAUGAGUUUGUGUCGGGGUGUUUACAGCUCCAUGGCCCGGCCAAGAGCUUGCAGCUGGCAAAGAUGAGCUACGAAAAUAAGCUCACUCGAAAGGCCAUCAAGCAGCUUAGCCAGGAGAUCCAGUCCAUCCAAAUCCCCCUGGGCCACCGCCACGCCCGGGAGAUCUUCGAGCGCGAGCGGGGAGAGGAGCCGAGCGGCAAGAAGCAGCUGCACCUCUGAGCCUGACUUAGACUUCGAGGUUCUAGCUGAGGAGAUAGAAAAACCGCUGGAGCUCGACCGCUUUGAGCCUCUGAGCCUCCAGACUGAAGAGGCGUGGAGAGCGGCAAAGGUGUCUCUGCUUGGCCUGCGCCAAGCUCCGGACUUCAGCCUUGAGGUUCUCAAAGCUGAACCCC